GAACAAAUCUGUGACUUCCUUGGAAUGGAGUGGACUAAACGCGAGCGUUCUCGCCUUGUACCCAUACCGCUGAACGACAUUUUCAAAGUUGAUUUGACACAGUUGAAGAUAGAUGAAAAAGCAGCUCAAGCAAACAGGAAACCAAGCAGCGAUGGAGUGGUUCGCAAGAAAAAGUUAGCUGGUACUGAGAAGUCAGCAAAAUGGCCAGAGGAACGGCAAUUACUUUCAGGUUCGUUCAAAGAACCUCGGCUGCCAGUUAAACCAGUAUCUGAAAUGGCCUCACCAGUACCUCGAACCGACUCACCGAGUCUUUUGGAUCCGGCAUCCAUUUCCUUAAUUUAG